UUCCGGUCCCCUGCAGCUGGCCCUGUGUGUGUCCAUGUCCCCGGCUUUCGGCUAGUGAUGGCGGCCUCCCUGGCUGCGGCGGAUUCCGGGGCCCCGGCCGAGGAUUCAUCCGACAGCGAGCCGGAGCCCGAGCCGCAGAAGCUAAGCCGGAAAGUGUCUACGUCGGGUCAGAUCAAAAGAAAGGCUAUCAUAAAAGAGGGACACCUACACAAGCAGACAAGCUCCUUUCAGCGAUGGAGGAGGCGCUACUUCAAACUGCGAGGCAGGACACUCUAUUACGCCAAGACUGCAAAGUCUAUCAUAUUCGAAGAGGUUGACAUAACAGACGCCAGUGUUGCUGAGUCAAGCACCAAGAACCUAAACAACAGUUUCACCGUGUUCACUCCCUUUCGCAAACUGAUCCUUAGUGCGGAGAAUAGGAAGGAUAUGGAGGAAUGGAUGGCGGCCCUCAAAUCUGCACAGAACCGUGAGCUCUUUGAGUCUGCCCAGUACAGUGUGGACCACUUCUCCGGAAUGCACAACUGGUAUGCCUGCUCCCAUGCUCGACCCACAUACUGCAAUGUGUGCCGUGAAGCCCUCUCUGGGGUCACCUCCCAUGGACUCUCCUGUGAAGUGUGCAAGUUUAAGUCUCAUAAGCGGUGUGCCGUGAGGGCUACAAACAACUGCAAAUGGACUACCUUGGCCUCUAUUGGAAAAGACAUCAUAGAGGAUGAGGAUGGGGUAUCAAUGCCACACCAGUGGUUAGAGGGGAACCUGACUGUUAGUGCCAAGUGCACGGUAUGUGAGAAGACUUGUGGCAGUGUGCUGCGCCUACAAGACUGGCAAUGUCUAUGGUGCAAAGCAACGGUACAUACAUCCUGCAAGGAGCUUCUUCCUAAAAAAUGUCCACUUGGACAGUGUAAAGUGUCCGUAAUCCCCCCAACGGCCCUCAACAGCAUAGACUCAGAUGGGUUCUGGAAAGCCACCUGUCCCCCAUCGUGCACAAGCCCUUUGCUUGUGUUUGUCAAUUCAAAGAGUGGAGACAACCAAGGUGUAAAGUUCUUAAGACGCUUCAAGCAGCUGUUGAAUCCAGCUCAGGUUUUUGAUCUAAUGAAUGGCGGACCCCAUCUUGGCUUACGUCUGUUUCAAAAGUUCGACACUUUUAGAAUAUUGGUAUGUGGCGGAGAUGGAAGUGUGGGCUGGGUUCUCUCUGAAAUAGAUGCCCUAAAUCUUCACAAGCAGUGCCAACUGGGUGUGUUGCCUCUAGGAACAGGGAAUGACUUGGCACGAGUGCUUGGCUGGGGCUCUGCAUGUGAUGAUGACACUCAGUUACCCCAAAUACUGGAGAAGUUUGAGAGGGCUGGCACUAAAAUGCUGGAUAGGUGGAGCAUCAUGGUGUAUGAGACCAAACUGCCAGCUCAGGUUCCAGAUCCCUGUACAUCAACAGAACCAAUUGAGGAUUGUGAGGUGCAGCAGAUUCUGGUUUAUGAAGACUCUGUAGCAGCUCACUUAUCUCAGAUACUGAGCUCAGACCAACACUCUGUGGUUAUCUCUUCAGCUAGAGUCUUGUGUGAAACUGUAAAAGAUUUUGUUGCCCGUGUGGGGAAGGCCUACGAGAGAAUGACAGAGAGUUGUGAAGAAUCUGAAACAAUGGCAGGAAAGUGUACUGUCCUUCGAGAGAAGCUCGACUCCCUCUUGAAAACUUUAAAUGAGGAGGCUCAGGCUACAUCAGUCCUGUCCCAACCUCCACCCACAAUAAACGAGGAGACUGAGGAGUCAUCAGAAAAUGCCAGAAGCCCUCCAGCUGUCUCUCCUUCUCCAGGACGAUCGCAGACUUUUCGGCCUCGCGAACAGCUCAUGCUCCGAGCUAACAGUUUGAAGAAAGCCAUUCGACAGAUAAUUGAGCAGGCAGAGAAAGCUGUUGAUGAACAGAAUGCUCAAACCACAAGUAAUGAAGAUCUCCUCCUAUCGUUUCCUCUAGAGGAUGGCAAAGAUCGGAGUGCAGCAAGCACAGUGAAUGCACAUAGUGGCCCUGCUCUGCCCAGGAUAAGGUCAUCCAGCAGAGCUGGUAAAUCGGAAAGAGCGACAAGUAAAAGCAGCCUGUCCGCAGGAGCCUCUGCAUCCCUCCCUGCUGCUAAUACCCAUCGGGAGCACAUGCACCAAAACAUGAAAGCUGGAAUGUCUGGAUCUUUACCAGGAAACUCCAUCAUUAGCCACUUUCUUAUUAGUGCUGACUCAUUUACCUCGGAACCAGACUUGAAUUGUUACACAGAAAGAUGUGUAAUGAACAAUUACUUUGGGAUUGGACUGGAUGCAAAAAUUUCUUUAGAUUUCAACAACAAAAGGGACGAACACCCAAAAAAAUGCAGAAGUCGCACAAAGAACAUGAUGUGGUAUGGUGUACUUGGGACCAAAGAACUGCUACAGAGAACAUACAAGAACCUGGAGCAGAAAGUACUUCUAGAGUGUGAUGGAGUGGCCAUUCCCCUACCCAGCCUGCAAGGAAUUGCUGUACUGAACAUUCCCAGUUACGCUGGCGGAACAAACUUCUGGGGAGGCAACAAAGAAGAUGAUACAUUUGCUGCGCCUUCCUUUGAUGAUAAGAUCUUGGAGGUGGUUGCUGUAUUUGGCAGUAUGCAGAUGGCUGUGUCCAGGGUCAUCAAGCUACAACAUCACCGGAUUGCUCAGUGCCGAACGGUGAAAAUCACAGUGCUCGGUGAUGAAGGGGUCCCUGUGCAAGUGGAUGGAGAGGCUUGGAUCCAACCACCAGGUUAUAUCCGUAUAGUACACAAGAACAGGACACAGACCCUCACCCGAGACAGGGCCUUUGAAAGCACCUUAAAAUCCUGGAAAGAUAAGCAGAAAUGUGAUUUGUCAAGACAAGCCACCUCCAAUCUCUCUCCUACAUCUUUACACCCCGAAGUGCUCUCUGAUGAGGAGGCAGCACAGGUGUCACGGUUUGGACAGGCUGCCGGUGCCCUCAUUCACUGCAUUAAAGAAAUAGCGGUUUCUCAUCAAAGCAUAGAGCAAGAGCUGGCUCAUGCUGUCAAUGCAAGCUCAAAGUCUAUGGAGAAAGUGUACAACAAGAACUCAGAGGGUUCUAGCUGCAGUGAUGUUAUGGAAAUGGUAACAAAUGUCCGAGCAUUAUUGAAUGAGACAGAGCUGCUACUGAAGGGGAGAAUGGCAUUGCUCCUGGAUCCCCCUCAGAAAGAGCAGCUGACAGAGUCACUCAGUAACACAGAGCAAGAGCUGCGGAACCUGGCAGAUGUCCCAUGGCUAUCUCAGAGUGUUGAGCCUACAGAAGAUGAGGGCGCUCUGGAUUUCUCCAAGUUAAGACGUAGCAGUCGGUUUAAUCUGGUCAACAAAUUCAAAAAGGAGAAGAAUACCAAGAACAAAGAGACCCGGAGCAGCACCGGGCCACCUGCUCAUCUUUGGGGAACGGAAGAGGUUUCUCUUUGGUUGGAGCGUCUUAGUCUGUCUGAGUACAAGGAGGUCUUUACUCGCCAUGACAUCCGAGGCUGUGAGCUCCUCCACCUAGAGCGCCGAGACCUCAAGGAGUUGGGUGUGACAAAAGUGGGCCACAUGAAGAGAAUCCUCCACGGCAUCCGGGAGUUGAGCCCCCCUCCUGUCAGUGCGGAUUAGGAUCUGUCUUCACAUCCUGUGUGGCCCAGUCUGGGUGACCAGUGGUGCUUCUUUACAGCACAUGCCAUUUCUAGGUUUUACUGCAGCAUAGCGCUUUCUAAGAACAGCUAAUCUCAGCACUGCGUCAUGGUGAGCAGUAAUAUAGAGGCCUUUGUUUUAGUUGGCAUUCUAUCAAAUGUGCCCCUAGACAGCAGCCAAUCGCAAUUAUGCCCUGGGGAUUCUGUAGCCAACCACAGAAAAUACGUGUCCAGGGUAUAAAUGGCUCAAGGGCUUUAGUGAGCUUUUGCCUACAUAAGACGUGCUGGAUGCUAUGAAAGGCAGUUCUUUUUUUUUAUAAAUACCACAAAAGCCAAUGGUGACUGAAGUAAUUUUAUUUCCAUGUACAGUAUAUGCUACCUCGUGUGGCUUGGGACAGACACUGUGCUGUUAGUGGAACGUCAGCAGAGUAAAAACAAUCAACAUUUUUGGAGCAAAUGCUCAUCCUCUGUACUCUGUCCUUUGCCUAUACACCUGAAGAUGUAGGUAAUUGAUUUUGGCCUGUAACCAUAUCCUCACCAAUGUAUUGAACUUGUAAGAUGACUGUGGAGUUUUGUAGUUUGUGUUAAUAUGAAUGCUGUUUUCUCAGGCUCUGUGUAAAUCGUAUGGUGUGCAAAUGGCAUCCCGGAUGUGGUGUACAAAUAAUUUUAUUAGUUGUUGCUUUGGACUUUUGUAAAUUCCAGCUGUGAGUUGAGAAUAUUGCAACAGCCCACUCUGGUCUAUGAUCAAAAGAUUGUUUACAUUUCUCUAGGUACAUUUAUAUAGCAGGAAACAACCUCUGCUCUGUUAUUUGCUGUCCAUUGAUGACAGUGACAGCUUUGUCCGGAAGAUACAAUGAAGGACCGUUUCCUGAAACUGUGUUUGGUUUGUGGUUGGAGGAGUCUGCAUCCAUUGCUCGUUUUCUUCAGCCACUGUUACCUUGUUAAUCCCGGGCAGGUCCCUUCCCUUUGCUUACCUUUAUCCGUGAGGGACACAUGAAACAACUCUGAGAUCCUCAGGUAAAGGCUGACAAUCCCUCCCCUGGUGUAUUUAUUGUCCCGUGCCUUACUGCAGUCCCUGUGCCUUUUUAAAAGUGAUGUUAAUGCCUGUAAAUAGCAGUGUUGUAAAAUAUGGCUUCUGUUCUAACAGUAAAAUAUGUCUUAAUAAUGA